ACCGUGUCAUAAGCUAUACCUGUAUUGAUUCCUCCGACGUCUUCAAAUCCAAGCUAUGGCGAGCUUAUGGCGAGCAGAAACGGCGCUGACGGAGAAACCGAACAACUACGACGGCGUGGAAUUCUGGUUGAAUCCGGAACGAGCUGGCUGGUUAACGAAACAAGGUGAGUACAUAAAAACCUGGCGUCGCCGCUGGUUCAUUUUGAAACAGGGGAGUCUGUUCUGGUUCAAGGAGUCAACAAUAACACGCGCUUCUCGUCCCCGUGGUGUGAUCACAGUUGCUACGUGCUUAACCGUGAAGGGAGCCGAAGAUACACCGAACAAGGAGUACGCUUUUGAGCUUUCCACGAGGAACGACACCAUGUACUUCAUUGCAGAUUCGGAGAAAGAGAAGGAGGAUUGGAUCAACUCCAUCGGACGGUCCAUAGUUCAGCACUCGAGAUCGGUUACCGAUUCCGAGAUCGUUGAUUAUGAUGGCAAGCGGUGAUGAUCCAACAAUCAGUCAGAUCCGUUUUCUCCUAAUAGCAGCUCUUG